AAUCCGGACCGUACAUUUUUAUCCACGACCCGUAACCCGUCCAAAACCGAAACCACCACGAAACAUCCACUACAAUUUCCAAUCCGUCACUAAAAAUACUUCCAAAAUUGAAUUUAAUGUUUAAUUUCGAAUCCGCCAGACUUCGUGUUAAUUAAUCUGCAUCUAAUUCUCGCCUUGUAUAAAUACUACUCCUUUUUCUCUAUGGCAACGCCCCUUUUCCAGCUGUGCUCCCGUUACUAGAAAACAAAUAAAAAAAGCCAGCCAAACUCGUCCGAGUCGACUCGUUUCCCCACGCUUUUAAAAUUUUUUGCCUCGAAUCGGACUCGAGUUUGUAGUUUGAACUCAGUUGGGGUUUGGAUCUGGUAAGGCUUAAAGGUAAAUCAGAAGGUGUAUCACAAUGAAGGCACUUAUUCUUGUUGGAGGAUUUGGAACACGAUUGAGGCCACUAACCCUUAGUGUUCCUAAGCCACUUGUCGAAUUUGCUAACAAACCCAUGAUCCUGCAUCAGAUUGAGGCUCUCAAGGCUGUUGGUGUAACUGAAGUUGUUUUGGCUAUUAACUACCAACCUGAGGUAAUGUUGAACUUCUUAAAGGAAUUUGAAGCUAAACUUGGGAUCAUGAUCACAUGCUCUCAAGAGACUGAGCCACUCGGCACUGCUGGUCCUCUUGCUUUGGCUAGGGAUAAGCUCAUUGAUGGUUCUGGUGAGCCAUUUUUUGUCCUUAACAGUGAUGUUAUCAGUGAAUACCCAUUCAAAGAAAUGAUUGAAUUCCACAAAGCCCAUGGAGGAGAAGCUUCCAUAAUGGUAACCAAGGUGGACGAGCCUUCAAAAUAUGGUGUGGUGGUUAUGGAAGAAUCAACAGGGCAGGUGGACAAGUUUGUGGAAAAACCGAAAUUGUUUGUUGGAAACAAAAUUAAUGCUGGAAUUUAUCUGCUGAACCCAUCUGUUCUUGAUAGAAUUGAACUGAGACCCACCUCAAUUGAGAAGGAGGUCUUCCCAAAGAUUGCAGCAGAGAAGAAGCUGUAUGCAAUGGUCCUCCCAGGGUUUUGGAUGGAUAUUGGUCAACCCAGGGAUUACAUUACUGGACUGAGACUUUAUCUAGACUCCCUACGAAAGAAAGCUUCAACUAAGUUGUCCACUGGUCCCCACAUUGUGGGAAAUGUUUUGGUUCAUGAGAGUGCCAAAAUUGGAGAAGGAUGUUUGAUUGGACCAGAUGUGGCAAUUGGUCCAGGAUGUGUGGUUGAGGCUGGAGUCAGACUUUCUCGCUGCACAGUGAUGCGUGGAGUUCGCAUCAAGAAGCACGCUUGCAUAUCCAGCAGCAUUAUCGGAUGGCACUCCACCGUUGGCCAAUGGGCUCGAGUAGAGAACAUGACUAUACUCGGAGAAGAUGUCCAUGUAGGCGACGAAAUUUACAGCAAUGGCGGCGUGGUUUUGCCUCACAAGGAGAUCAAAUCAAGCAUUUUGAAGCCGGAGAUAGUCAUGUGACAGUUCUUUUUCCAGACAAGUAGAAUAUCUUUAGAGACUAUUCACUUAAUUGCCUUCAGAAUGCGUUUGUUCUUUUAUUUUUCUUCUUUUCCUUCCAGCACAGGUCUGAGUGAUGCGUGGUUCAACUGCAUAAGAUGAUCAUUGGUGUGAAAUGUGUAACUUCAGUGUGUAUAUACAAAUAAAUUAUCAGCUGGUUUAUUUGGUA